UCAUGACUUUCAAAACUUCCUCAUUCAUCGGCUUGGGUAACUUGCCUAGGAAACUAAGCGCCAUUGUUUCUCCUUCCUCGAGGGUUUCCUUUUUCCAGGGGGCUUGUUGAACAAGCACCUGGGGCCACCAGUGUGCACCUGGCGGGCGACAGACCUUCCCGGUGGAAAAGCCGUGACCCCAAAAGAGGGCCGAUAAAAGAGGCAUCUCGUGCAGUAUUGCGUGACCUCUCCAAAAGAUUUAAAAAAAAAAUUUUUUUUUUUUUUUAAGAAAUGAAACUCUCCAGAGUCUGCACAUUCUGGGUUGCUGUAACGCUCUCAGAGGCUGUGCAUGCAUGGGCCAGGGCUUGCUGGAACCUCUGGCGGCCAGGCUGUCCUCCUGAAAACUGGAGCCAUGUGAGGUCAUCACUGGUAAUAAACCAGAAAGUAAGCCCUCUUUACCAAAAAGAACAAAGGGAGAAAAUGAAUGCAUUAUUCCCGAGACAUUCAGGCUUUGAUUCCUGACGAAGGAAGAGAAAGCAGAAUUGGUUGUUGGUUCUGCUUAGCGCUCCUCAGGGCUGAGCCUUAGUAACCGCAGUGGCUCUGUGUUUCAGCCGGGCCCCAGCCCACUCAUAAUGAGCAGAAUUCUACACGUGGAGUAUCUUCUAGGUUUCACAUACCAAGAAAGAAUUAUGCAAAAAGAAGUAAAAACAAACAGAAAAAUUCGACAGCUAUUUUUGGAUGGAAAAGUGGUAGAUUCAUGGCUCAGAAGAGAAAAAUAGAACAUUUUGUUAGUGCUCAACCAGCUGACACAGAACAUGAAACAAAAAGCUGAGUUUCUACGUGGAUCAUCCAAGUGUUCAUCAGAAUUAAUGGCUCUGGAUUGAUUGUUAGGUGUAGGUGGGCAGAAAGGGCCUGUAGACAUGGCUCAGAGAAUUUUUGAUUUUAAUAGAAACAAGGCUUUGCGGUGGAUAAAGAAAAACACUCCAUAGAGCAUUGUAGUUGAACAUCAAGAUGUCAUCAGCCAUUUGUGGAAAUGGAAAAUAAAUAUUUAGCAAGUUUAAUUAUUGACCAAAUUUUCUAGCUGCCAAAAAAAUUCUUGAAAAGAACACCUGUUCAUUCAAACCUUUUGGCAAACGAUGAAUCGGGAGUGGAAGGGGAUAGACCGGCUGCGCUUGGGCAAAUACUGUAUGCUGAUCCGUCUGGUCCUGAGGCAGUCCUUUGAAGUUCUGAAGAGACAUGGCUGGGAAGAAAGCCGAAUCAAGCUCUUCCUCGAUGUCUUGAUGAAAGAAAUCCUGCAUCCUGAGAGCCAGUCUCCGAAUGGAGUCAAGUUCCACUUCAUAGAUAUUUAUCUGGAUGAACUGUCCAAAGUGGGAGGGAAAGAGCUUUUGGCAGAUCAGAAUCUCAAGUUUAUUGAUCCAUUCUGCAAAAUUGCUGCCAAGACUAAGGACCAGACAUUGGUGCAGACGAUAACGAGGGGUGUUCUUGAAGUCAUUGUAGACCAGUCUCCUUUCGGACCCGAAGAGACCCUAGAACAGAAAACUCAAGGGGGUGAGAGCGAGUUCUCCGAAGAAGAGAUGCCUGAAAACAAGACGGCGUGGAGAAAACCAGUCCGUAAAAAGAAGCCGGCGCUGGGCAAGCACCACUCCAGAAAGGACGGGGUCCACGACGACGGGGAGAGAGGCGGUGGGCGCCUGGAGGACGCUGGGCCCCUGCUCCAGUUCGACUACAAGGCUGUUGCUGACCGACUCCUGGAAAUCACCAACAAGAAGAACAUCCCUCCCUUCAACAGGAAGCGUCUCUCCAAACUCAUCAAAAAGUUUCAGGAUCUCUCCGAAGGUGGUGUAUCUCCACUCAGUUUUGCCGAGGCUGUUUCUGCUGAUGAAGAUGACCGAACCCUCAACCAAGGAAGGCAUAAGAAAAAAGGAAAUAAACUUGUAGAGGAAAAGGAGCUGGAGAAAGAGAAAGGAAACAGGUUCUUUCUUGCUGAGGAAGAGGGGAGCGAAGCCAGCGUUCAGAAGAGAAAAAGGAAGAAAAAGAAGAAGAACCACCUCCAGCCUGAACAUUUAGGGUCGGGGACGGAAGCCAUGCCCCCAGAACAGAAUGGGGGUGGCGAGCCAGGGGCUGGCGCGGGCCGAGCCCCGAAGACACCGGCGGUGGAGCCAGGGACAGCGGCCGCCCCUGGCCCCCAGGAGCAGAGUGGCGCGGAGACCGCCGCAGCGCUCAGCAGGAGGAAGCGGCCCCGGAAGAGGAGCCCCGGGGUGCAGGGCGGGAGCGAGGAGUCUGCGUCACCACCACCUCUGGAGGACACGGCCCCCGGUGGCCCCGGCAGCGCCCAUGCUCAGGACCCGGCUCCGCGAGCUUCCCUGGCCAGCAGGGCCCCGGUCCCGAAGAGGAAGCGGAAACUCGGAGCCCUCCCGGUCAACGGCAGCGGCACCCCCGCACUGGCCUGGCCCCCGCCCCCGGGCGGGAGGCUGAAGAAAAAGAAGGGGGAGCCCGGCAGCCUCGACCUGUACAGCCCGUCCAGUCAGAAAGCUGCCAUCUUGAAAAAGAGGAAGAGGAUGAAGGAGAUGUCUAAGUCAGUAGCGUGCGGCCGCGUGUUGGAGUCCGAGGCCAUGCUCGUCCAGGCUCUGGGAGGCGGGGGUGCUUUCAGCCCCUUGAAGAAGCAGCAGCUGAGGGCAGAGAACGACUUCGUGAGGUUCGACACCCCCUUCUUACCAAAGCCGCUGUUCUUCAGAAAAGCCAAGGGCAGCGCCACUCCAGCCUCUGCGCCCCGUGCCGUGCAGCGAGACAAGACGCCAUCCAGUUCCAAGAAAGUCACCUUCGGGCUGAACAGAAACAUGACUGCAGAAUUCAAGAAGACAGACAAGAGCAUCCUGGUCAGUCCCACCGGCCCCUCCCGAGUGGCCUUCAACCCUGAGCAGAGACCCCUCCAUGGAGUGCUAAAGACCCCCACGAGCUCACCCACCAGCACCCCCCUGGGGACCAAGACGCUGCUGACCGCCACGCCAAAGAGAAGGCCGACGGCUAUGGACUUCUUCUAGGGUAGUAGCAGGGUCCUUUUAAAGACUGUGUUUGUACAGAUAGUCUAUAAAUUAUAACUUUAAAAAGGUGCGGCCUUUUUUAUUGUUUUAUAAAUCCCCGUAAAUUGUAUAAACGAGGUUCUGAGCGGGAGCUGCUGCUUCUCCAUCCCUUCUGCGGGGGCUGUGGGCGUCUGGCUGAAGGUUUUGCUACAAACGCCGUUGGUGGGUGAGGUCUCCGGGGCCUCGGCGUUUGCGGGUGACUUCCGUGACCCCCACCAGGGUGGGAGCCGAGCACAGUGACCGUCCGUCACGUGGCACUGGUCUGUCGGCGCCGCGGGAGCCUGGAGGCGGGGGCCUCGCCCGCGGACGGCAGAGCUCAGGCACUCAGCACUGCGCCUGCGUGCGGGGCUGGCUGCUGGUGGCUUUCGGUCUCCACCAAGCACGCGGGGUCUUCCUCCCCCGUUCCCCGGAUGUGUGUGCCGGGGAGACGCGCGUAACCGGUUCAGCACUACGGUGGUGGCUUCUUCCAGGACCUGCAGGUGGGGCGGGGGAGGAAGAGCCUCCACGCUCGGGUCGCUGCUUCCCUCCGCUGGGCCUUGUUUCCUUCCCUGUGUUCCUACCUCUCAGGCCAGCCCAAAGUGUCUUGACCGGUGAGCGCCCCUCGGCUCUCCUCCGGGACUGUGAGCGCGCUCCUUCCUCCGGGUCCUGUGCUCUGGUUGCUCCUCUUACCUUCUACGUAAGCCUUUGAGCCCCCCGAAGUGACUGGCCUUCCCAAAGGCAGCUUUCCCGACUCAGACGAAAAUUCAUUUCUUCAGAGGUGUGGCAAGUGUCUGAAAGCCUGAGAUCCUGCUGGAAGGCAGAAAUCAGCAGCCUUUAAGGAUUGUUUGUGCAUAUUUAUUUGUCCGUAGCUACCUUUUAUCUGAAGUAUUGAAGCUUGCACUUAAGAUUUUUAUAGACUUCUGAUUUUAGUUCAUGGCAAAUGUCGGUGGCAGGCACUCAGGCUUCAGCUGGAGGAGCAGGGACGGGGCUUGGGGAAGCUGCGUCCAUCCCUCGAGCCUGAGUGACGGACGGGAGGCAGAUUCAGAAAUCAGGUGGUCACCUAAGGAGAGCCAGUGGGCCCCAGCUCCUGUUUGAGUUUACGAAAUAACAAUCACAGAGCUCAAGAAGAGGUACAAAACUCGGGGGUCUGUAGUUUGGGCACAGGGUUGCUCAGUGCUGCCCUGGCCUGCUCUCUGCUCAGGGGACCUCGGGCCUUCUGGGAGUGAAAGCUGCCUCCCCCUUCCUGCCUCCGCCCCACGCAGGCCCCCAGCAUUGCCUCAAUGGGACGGGCCACCGCUUUGCAUGACGAGGGAGGCCCCUUGGCUUGGCGGGACUGUGUUGAUUUGACUUUGGUUUCUGCAUCACGUCGUCAGGGUGGGGCUCUGUCGGCACAUGGGCCGCCGCGGGGUCAGGUGGCCGGUGCACUGCGGAGGCCCGCUGAGAGGGAAGUAUGAACCUUGUCCUUUGCCUGCUCUAUAAUAAAGUUUUGUCCUAAUUAGUCCACGAGAGAAGACAUCAUUCACAUGGAGCUGUCAGAUAGUCCCUGUAACGAGAAGUCUUACGUCCAAGAUGCUGUGGUGUUUGCAUGGGGCUUUUGUGCUGCAUUCGGUAAAAGGCUCAAAACCAAAUCUGAUCGUGGGAGAUUAGAUUGGAAUAUUCAAAUAUUUUUAACUUUUUUUUUUUUUAACUUUUUGUUUAAAAAAAAAAAGUGUCUCAUUAUCCUUGGCCAGAUUAUUUUUCUAACAGUUUAUUUUAGCUUUAAAGAUGGGUCAUGCAGUCCAGCGGGGUUGAGAUGUUUUAGCAAAGCAUCCGAGGGCACAGUCGGGUGAACGCAGGGACCUCCCUUCAUGCGCACACGGCGCCCGUCAGUUCCUCAGACGCCCCACAGAGCGUCCAGGAGAUGGGCCUGCUGGUUGAUGCCGCACCUCCGGACUCGGGUCCAGGAGGGACCUCGGACUCCAUCCCUCCUCCUCUACAUCUGUCCUCACUUACUCCAUUUCGUGGGUAAGUUUAGUAGGUUUACUAUGGCUUAUUUUUAAUGCCUAAAUUUUGGCAACAAAAGAAGGAAGAAAACUUUUUUUUAAUUCUCAUUACACACACACACAACAAGAAAGUGUUGCACAAAGAAAAUGUAUUUAGAGUACCAGUUUUCUAUUCAAUGCAUGUUAUUUUCCUAGGCAGAGUUGCUAAGGGGACUUGGAAGUCCAAAACUGGCAAUCAUUUACAUUAAUGCUAGUGAUCUUACAGUAUUUUGUAAAACGGUCACCUUCCGCCCGACCCCAUAUGUCUGGUUAGUUUUGUACAAUUUGGUAUCACACUUUAUAAACACAAUCCUUUCUAAUUCCUAUUUACCUGAAAGCACAAAGGAGGGUCAGGGAGAUCCGGAAGCGCUUGUUAGUGUUGGAAAGGACAUGAAAUGGAACCUGUCUUUGGAUCUGUGUGUUUACCUGACUGCUGGCAAGAACUGCGUGUUUACGAUCAGUCUGUACUCCUGUCUGCAGAGUGUGUCUGUCACAUCAAAGCCAAGUCCAAUAAACAAAACCUGUCUUUGCACUCACA